UCUGCGGAACAUGGCCCCGGGGCCCUCAGCCACACGUGGGAUCCUGCUGCUGCUGCUGCCUCUCCUACCCCUGUCGCAGGUGACCCUGGGUUCCGCGGACAGCAACUGUGAGCCCUCAGAUCAGUGCCCACCCCAGGCCCGCUGGAGCAGCCUAUGGCAUGUGGGGCUUAUCCUGCUGGCCAUACUCCUGAUGCUUCUGUGUGGGGUCACAGCCAGUUGUGUACGCUUCUGCUGCCUCAGGAAGCAGCCACACACCCAGACACACACGCCAGCAGCAUGGCAGCCUUGCGAUGGGACAGUCAUCUCUAUGGACAGCGACAGCCCUGCCCACAGCACCGUGACCUCCUACAGUUCUGUGCAGUACCCGCUGGGCAUGCAGUUGCCCCUGUACUUUGGAGAGCCAGACGCUGACUCUCUGGUCCCCCCCACCUACAGCCUGUAUGCUUCUGAGCUGCCGCCCUCCUAUGAUGAAGCCGUGAAGAUGGUAAAAGCCAGGGAAGAAGCAGCAGCUCCCUCUGAGAAAACCAGCUCUCUGCCUGAGGCCUUGGAGCCAGAGACCACUGGAAGGCCCCAGGAGCCAGGCCCCAACACCCAGAGACCCUAGUCGCACCUAUUUGAAAAGGGUGGGAGUUCUUUCUUCCAGAGCCAUUAAACCAUAGCCUGGAUUCCUGGCACUUAGGACCAAAGAACCCCACUUGUGUCAUCCUUCCCCUGGGAAGGCCAGCCAUCCAGCACAUUGCUGCAGACUCGGCCUCAUUGCUAUGCAAUGCCCGGCCAGCCAGCCUGCCCCGCCCCCAUAUCGGCCCCCCCUUCUUCAUCCCUUCCACCCAUCCGGGGCCCAGCAGACCCUCAGAGGAUGAUCUAGACCUCGAAGGAGCCUGGAUCUUGGGAGCUCAA